AUGGUGCAAAACAAAAUCAAAAGCAAAUUAAUUUAGUCAGGGUUAUAUUGAUCUUAUUAAGCAAAAUUUUCCUGCCUGCUUCUAUAAAAAUGGACCAAAUCAGAGCUUCAAUCCAUGGCUUUCAGCAUCCUUCAUUCCCUGAUUAUAUUGGGCAGGUAGAAUUCUUUCCACCAGAAGAUAGCUUUUUUGCAAGUGUUGGGUAUGCCCUGGUGUCAAGAGUCCUGGUAAUGAAAAGCAAUGCCCAGGACUUAUGCAAUAGACUACAAGAAUUUUGUACGAAGCUCAAUACAGCUCCUUUGCAGAGUGUGAUGUAUACGAUUAAUAGUGGGAAAACUGAUAGAGAUCCAAUUGCUGCGAUUAAUGAACUCUACCAGGAAGGAGGAUGCGAAGAUUUAGCAGAGUCCAUCAAAGCAAUUCUUAUUGCUAAGCUCAUAGCUGAUAAUAAGCACAGUGCUGCCAAAGAUAUAGCAAAUAGGAAGCCUGUCGAUAUAGAAACUGACGUAUGUUUCAAUGCUUUAAAUGUAGAAGCAGACGUUGCUAUUCAACUCUACAAAUUUGAUGGGACGGUCCGCACAAUUCAUCGGCAAAAUGUUAGGACAAGCAUUUCGCUUUACGUUGACGAGUAUCUUAAUUGGAGCGUACUGAUUCAUCAAAAUGAAAACGAAUUUUCUUCAACACAUAACGUUGACUUGCUAAGAAGCGUUCCUUUUAAGUAUGGACAUACACAAAGAGGAUUCUCACCAAUGAAAAUAGCGAAAUUGGGAGUUUCAAUGGCUCCGCCACCUCCAGCUCCAGAGCCUGAAGACCCAGACUUAGUAAUAAAGCAGCUGAUUGAAGCCUUAGCUGGAGUUGUUGACAAGCAAAAGAUUGCUGCAGAUAGAGACAUAAAAAACGAUUUGAAAAAAUUUAUCCAGGACUUCCAAAAGUUAAAGCCUGAAUGAAAACUUAGACAGCUGGAAGGCCUAGAAACAUAUCUGAACAACCUCAGUAACUGCAAUCAUGAGAACUGCACCAGGGUUUUUAGCUUUUGUGGAGCCACACAUUGCGUUGAGUGCUUGAAGGAGAAAAUUUCCAGAGAGAAAUUAGAAAGGAAAGCAGACAUAAAGUGCCCUUGUGGACAAAAAGUAGCGAAUCAAGACUGUUGUGAAUUUGGACUCAUGAAUAUUUUACAAAACUUCGGCAAGAAAACAAGGGAUAAUCAUCCAGGAACAUCUAGUUCUACUGCACCGAUGGGAGGGACUGCAUCGCCUGAAGUGUCAAUUUCAAAAAAGCCGUCUAUAGCUAGCUCUACUUGCUUUAUCUGCAAUGAGAGAAUUUCAGCAAGAGAGAAUAGAGUGAAUAUUGAUGGUCAGUUUGUGCAUGGAAAAUGCGCGGCUCAAAGUGUUCCUAAACCUGUGUAUCAAGAGACCAUCUCAAUGAAAAUAUGCCAGCUAUGCAAGAUCAACACUUCACCUUCUAAUAUAUUAUGCGAAAGAAAUCACUAUCCAUUAUGCAGAAGCUGUGCAAUCAAAUGGAGCAAUGGCGUAUGCCCAUAUUGCAAGGCGUCGUGCCACUAUUGCAAAAAUCCAAUUGAUACCAGCAAAGAGGAUUACACGCCAUUUGCAGAUGGAAUAAUGGUUCAUAAUUCUUGCUAUUACCAAUAUAAUCCAAAAUAA